UGGCUGGAGUCAGACAGCCGCGCAAACAUAAAAAUAAAAUAAAAAACAGUUGAGUUAGUCAAGUGAUAAUAAAAUAACUAUCAUUUGUUUUAAUAUCCUAUAAUAGGUAGUACGUGUUACACUUGUGCGGUUGCAGUGAACAUGGAUCACGAAUUUCGUGUCUAAUCUUUUUUAAAGAACAAAUGCCGAUAUUAAAGUUAGUUCUGAACAAGAAGCAGUAGAGUAGGAUUGGACUAUAGUUGAGUGGUUUACGGUAGUGCAAUAGGAUAACUAAUUUAUACUUUGUAACGGCAUCAAUCAAAUGUGUUAAGUUAUAUUAGGCAAUAAUAAAUUAAUAAAAAAAUAAAAUAAUCUUAGUUUGGCUUGGUACGUAAUGUUAAUAAGUGUUGUUAUUUUGAUUGGUAGUACACGAAAAAAAAAGUGUACUGUGUAAGUGAUAAGAUAAUAUUAUAUUAUGAAAAUAUAAAUCAACUGACUUACCCAGAAACCUAAUUGUACAUAACCUAAUGCAUGAAAAUAAUCAAAGAUGACAAAAGUGCACUUGGACGACAUUCUAGAGAAGUUCGGCGUGUGGGACCGCUACCACACGGCGGCCACAGUCUGGCUGACGCUGAUAAACGUGUUCAACUCCAUCGCGUACACCAACUACAUCUUCAUCACUGAGGAGGUCAAGUACAGGUGCAAACACUCUGAUAAUGGGAUGAACAUAAGUUACUCAAGUGUGAACACCUCUCACUAUGGAGAGUGCCAAGCCGAGUCCGUUUGCGCCGAGUGGGUCUACGAGGACCCUCGCAGCUUUGUUGCAGAGUUCGACUUGGCGUGUCAAGAAUGGAAACGAACUCUAGUGGGCACCAUGCAUAGCUUUGGGUACAUGGUGGGAUUGCUCAUCGUGGGUCCACUUUCCGAUAGGUUAGGAAGAAAAACACUGACAGUCGUGACAUGUAUACUAGGCAGUUCCCUCGGGCUGGCACGGAGUUUCACGACAAACUACUGGCUGUAUGUGAUCCUCGAGUUUCUGGAGGCUGUGGUCGGGGACCCUUGCUCUUCAUCCUUCAUGAUGUCUAUAGAAAUGGUCGCUACGGACAAACGUGUCCUAUACACGACAAUCACCGGAUUUGGCUACACAAUCGGGGGCGUUCUAUACCCUCUAAUAUACUGGCUCGUUCCUUAUUGGAGACACUUUCUUCAGGCAGUCUAUGCGCCUGGACUCCUCUUCAUUUUCUACAUAUACCUGAUUGAUGAGAGCCCUCGAUGGCUUCUUACGAAAGGGAAGAAGAACGAAGCUGUAACAAUUAUAGAUGCAGCUGCUAAAGUUAAUAAAUUACAGUUAGACAUGGAUAUAAACCAAAUUACUUACCAAGAAGAAAAAGGAGCAAACUUUUCGAGAGUUCUACUGGAAACUUUCAAGUCUAAAUCUAUGCUAAAGAGAUUUUUCGUUUGCGCGGUUUGGUGGAUAGCUUCUACGUUUGUCAACCAUGGACUGACGAUCAACUCUAUAUCUUUGCAAGGAAACAAGUAUGUGAACUACGCACUGACGUCCCUUGUAGAUGUUCCUGGACGAUUUGUCGUAGUGUAUAUACUGAACCGGUACAAGAGAAAGAUGCCUUUGAUAUUCACUUUCGUGGCAUGCGCCGUUCUGUGUGCUGCCCAACCAUUUGUUCCGUAUGACCUACCCUGGCUCUCCAUAACCCUGUUCAUGUCGGGCAAGUUGAUGUCCUCGUUCUACUUCUCCAUCACCUACAUUUUCACGUCGGAGCUGUUCCCCACCUACACCAGGAACUCCAUGCACGCGCUCUGCUCCUCUGUGGGCAGGAUUGGCUCCAUCGUUGCCCCACAAAUGCCGCUGCUGAUGGUGUACUGGUCCGGGCUUCCAUCUAUGAUCUUCGGUCUCGUUUCUCUGACAGCUGGCCUGCUGACACUACUGGUACCUGAUACCACAGAGGACGCACUGCCAGACACAGUACACGAAGCGGAGAAGAUCGGCAAGAUUGAAGAGAAUGAACUUGGGGCUAAGAAAUGCUCUUCUUGACGGAAAACGGAGACUGGUGUCUGCUAAUUUAUUAUUCGAGGUUCAUGUUAAAUAAACAAGGUGAUAUUUAUA